AAAAAGACCUAACGCCUACAGGUCUCUACAGCCUGGCGGACAUUUGUACGACCACCUGAAAAAAAAGAGGAAUCCCGCAAAGAAAGCGAAGAAACAGUCCAAGAUGUGCAAACUAUUCGAUAAAGCCAAAGGACCAGGUCGACUUAUGAAGAAGGGGUUAACGCUCAUCCUGGUCGGCCAUAUUAACUUCAUCCUUGGGGCCAUUGUCCAUGGGAAUGUCCUGAGGCACAUCUCCAAACCCAAUCAGCACGUCACCACAGAGUACACAGUGGCCAAUAUCAUCUCUGUCACAUCUGGGCUACUGAGCAUAGCCGCCGGGAUAAUCGCUAUUGUGGUAUCUAGGAACCUCCAUGUGACCAAACUGCAAAUAGGUCUUUUAAUCACGUCUUUCCUGAAUGCCCUUCUGUCUGCCGCCUGCUGCAUUGGGCUCCUCUUGGCCAUUGGGGUCACUGUUGCUCACAAUGGGCAGGGUCUGAUGCAGGGCUGUAACAGCACGGGGGUCCCAAUCAAUGCAAGGUCACCUAUCAGUGCCCACUGCCCCUUCGAUACAACACGGAUCUAUGACACCACCUUGGCACUGUGGAUCCCAUGUUCAGUGUUGUCAGCCGCUGAAGUCGGCCUUUCGAUCUGGUGUUUCGUCGUUGGACUGGCUUUGAGAGGCCUCGGCCCGUGUGGACACAACUAUCUCAAAGAGCUGCUGGAAGAUGAGGCUGCAGCAACGGGUCACAGCCAACAUCUGAUUGCACAGCCAACAAUUCCAGAUGCCUGAAAAGCAAGUUGUACAAACUAUUUUUAGUAUUUCCUUUUUAUAUAUUCAUUGUAUAUCCUCAAUCCUAAAAUGCAUUUCAACAACAUUAUAA